AUGGCUUCUCCAUCAAAUUGUGUUUUUUGUAAAUAUUCUGAUGUAAAUUUAAUACUUUUCUCAGAAGAAACAUUAAAAAAGUGUCGAGUAGUUUUAGAACAUAGAAUAGAAAAUAACCUUAAAUUUAAAGACGUUGUUUUGCCGGGUGAUUUAUUCAAAUGUGGUUAUCACAGACAAUGUUAUAAAUCAUUUACAGGGUUAAAUAAAAAAUACUAUUUACCAAAAAAUAAAUCAAUCGAGAAAUCUACCUCAAUAGAAAAAUCAUUAAAUAUUGCUGAAAAUUCAUCUGUACAAUCUUCAACGACAGUUGAAUUAGACCUACUAAGUAUUGAGCCAGAAGCAUCUACUUCUCAAGAUUUUAAUUCAACAACCACUCUUAUACCUGAUCCUAGAUCAAUACCUAGCACAUCUAUUUUACCCGAGUUAGUCGAACCGGUUUCAUCAAAUGUAAAAGACCAUAUUGAGCACCUGGAUAAUAUUGAUUUACUUUCUGAUAGUAAUAUUGAGGUUGAUACUGAUGUAAGUAAUACUCAAAACAGUCUUACUUAUAUAUACUGUGACCAAAAACUAAAAAGCACAAGUCUAAAAGAUUGCCUCUAA